AUGGCCGAGCCGCUGCCUGUGCCAACGAUCGAGAACUCGGCACCGUCGAGUGCCCACACCACCUCAUCUGGGGUCGUUGUGCCGGACACCAUCGAGCCUGAAGCCGCGCGGGAUGACUCUUCGGAAACAGACGUUCACGCUGCUCCUGCCCCAUCCCCCGGCCUGCGUGUGCCCUCUCCGCGUGGAUCGGUCGGCGUCCCCGAGGUUCCUCCGAAGCGACCAGAACGCCAGUCCACCUGGGAGAAGCAGAAUGCCGCCAGCACCUCCAAUCCUCGCCUGGAUACCGACUCUCUUGUCGUCGUUGACGUGACCUCAUCCGCAGGCCAGUCCUCUACCAACCUGAACGACAUUGCCGAUGUCGGGGACGAGGACAAGGGACACCAGCUUGCUAGGGAGUUCUUGGCUGGCGAUGCUACCCACGUCCCACCAGACAAGGUGGCCAUGUUCCUCGGCGGCCCCCGUCCCGUGAACAAGGCCGCGCUCCGCCACUACAUGCAGCACUUUGACAUGCGUGGCCUCAAGCUCGACCAGGCGUUCCGUGACCUCUGCGCCAAGCUUCAUCUCAAGGCCGAGUCGCAGGAGAUUGACCGCAUCAUCGAGGGCUUCUCGGCGCGCUUCUACGACUGCAACCCCAACACGGUGUACGGCACCCCCGGAGUCGUGCACACGGUCACGGGUGCCAUGCUUAUGCUCAACACGGAUCUGCACAUCGCCGACAUCCAGAAGCACAUGUCCCGCCAGGACUUUGUGCGCAACUCGAUGCGCGCCAUCCAGGAGAGCAUGCCUGACCGCGAGUCGACCCCGGACCUCGUCAACGACAGCGGCAGCCUGCGCAACAUUGACUCGUUGUCUGCGAGCCACUCUACGACAAGCGUCAGACUGCGCAAUGCGGCCGGCACACCGCGCAACACGUCGGGCAACCUUAUCUCUCCCACAUCCGAUCUCGCUUCGACGUCCACGCAGGACUUGAGAUCGCGGGGCGCUUCCUCGACAACAGUCAACUCGUUCACGUAUACAAAGGCUUGGGAGACUGAGGCCGAGACCGCGCUGAAGGAGAUCUACUCGAACGUCCGCAACGAGCGCAUCCUGCUGCCAAUAGCGUCCAUGGGUGACCCCAACCACUCGAGCUCGACCCUCGGCGGGCUGCGUGUCGGAUCGCGCGGCGGCAUCAACGCACUCAUGCGCCCCAACACGAAGAACGCCCCAUACAAUGCCAUGUUCAACUCGCAGGGCGAUGGCAGUCUCAGCCCUACGCCGUCGUACGCCAACUCGAUAGGCGACCUCGCCCUGCCACCGAGCAACCCGAUCGGCUUCGCGGGCAACUUGUCCCACACGGUCAUCCGUGAGCAGGAGGACGAGAUCCACAGCAUACGCUCGGGCGAAACGGGUUCGACGGUCGAGGAGCUCAACGACGACGAGCUGGCUCUCCUCGGCGCGCCGUGGGCCAAGGAAGGCCUGCUCCAGCGCAAGAUCCAGGUCGAAGCGCACGGCCGCAAGCCGCAGAAGAAGGAUUGGAAGCAGUACUUCGUCGUCAUCCAGAAGGGCGAUCUGUCCAUGUUCGUCUUCGGCUCGGGCGGCGGCAGCAGCAUGGGCGGCGGCACUGUCGGCGGCGGCAAUUGGAUGUCGAGCGCAAACCGCCACGGCGAGUACAGCUUGAUGCACGCCAUGGCCAUGGCGCUGCCGAAGCCCGGGUACAGCGCGUCGCGGCCAUACUGCUUUACCGUCACGUUUCCCAGUGGCGAGAUAAGUGUGUUCCAAGCCGGCACUGAGGAGCUUGUGCUCGAGUGGGUUGCGACGUGCAACUACUGGGCCGCCAGGAGAAGUCGCCAGCCGCUGGUCGGCGGUGUCUCUAACAUGGAGUACGGAUGGACGCGGGCGCUCAACCAGCUCGACGACAACGGGCAACACCACGAGCCGCACCGCGAGCAGCGCGAGCCCCAGCGCAUGGGUCUCGGCGCGCGUGCACGCCUCGGCGCCAUCAGCCGUGUGCGUGGCGCGUCAUCGUCGGGCAACGACCGCGUGCAAAUGGACAAGAUCCACAUUAACGACUGGAAGCCGCCUCCGCACGCGACGAUGCCUUCGACGCUGGACGACGAGGCACAACUCGAGUCGCUGUGCGCAUACGUGCAGAGCCUGAAGGAGGAGCUGGACCAGCACAAGACGAUCGAGGAGCCGAUGAGCCGACUGCAGUACACGCCUGGGUCCAAGAACGCGAUGCGCGCGCGCGAGAACUGGACCGCCAAGUCGCGCUACAUCCACUCCGAAAUAUUCAAGUACGAGACGUACGUCGAGGCGCUGCGCAACGCGAUGAACCAGCGCGUGCAGCGCCAAGGCGAGCGCAAGGUCGAGCGGUCGCUGGCGCGCUCGGCGCCGAGCAUCCGCCGCGAGGCGCCGCGCAAGCUCAACGGCGGCGGCGGCGCGAGCCUCGUCGGCAUGGUGCCCGCCGCGCACGAUCUCGAGGGCGAUGCGUACGUCCGCCGCUCAGAGGACGGCCGCCAGACGCCGACGUCGCAGGCGCAGGCGGUGUGA